UAUCCUAUAAGCUAGCAGACUCUGGUCCCACUUCACUGUAUGACUCGGUCCUGACAAAAGUUUGGAAGAUGAAAGAAUUGCUGACGCUGCUGUUGUUGUCUGCAGCUGUGAGAGCUGAGUCCGGCUGCCAGUACACCGGCUGGACGCUCAGCUUCGACAAGGAGGGUGAGUCCAGGUGCUCCGGCUACAAUCACGUGAUCAGGGGGUUCUACAGGAGCAACCCCUCGGGGGGCCAUGACGAGAUAACCCUGUUGGAGAAGGCGAUGUGCUGUAGCCCGUCUGGGUUCUGGUCACUCUUCGACACCCAGAUCUUCUACGCUGACUGGUACCCGGUGCUAGACGGCCAGUACACCUGGGCUACCUGCCCCAAUGGUUUCUUUUUGAACGGGAUGUUCAGGAGCGCCGGCAACCCGGCAGGUCUACACGAUAUCGAAUACGCCAGAUGUUCCAAGCCCUCCAACCACCCGUAUUACACCGGAGAGUGCUAUGACCAGGACAUCAAAAUAUGUUUUGACCACCAGAACCUGUGCCAGUGUAAAGAUGAGUACUACGUCACGGGAAUCUACAAGUCCGACUGCGACCAGCUGCACUGUCUAGAGAAGCUCAAGUGUUGUCGUAUGGCUGACGGUAGAGAUGUCCUGGACGGGGAGGCUAAGGUGAAAACUUUGGUAAUGGAUCUGAGCAUGGCGGACAUUGCAAAUCUGGCCAACAUGCUGGGUUAUGGGUGGUGUGACAGUUGUCGUGCAACAUGCUGGAUAGGUGUCCGUUACAGUGAAGAUUGUAGACGUCAAGGGGACAAAUGGGUGGCUGAUACGGCCGGACCUUGUGACGGCUACAAGAGUGACCAAAGACUGGCCAUGGACUACAAAGACUGGAGUUUUGGAAUGAUGGACAUCAAAUACGGUGAACCCAUCAUUGAGGAACUGAUACCACAGUCCAUAGACACCGGCACCUUCAUCAACAACGACGCGUCGGAAGCCACCAAGACAAUCACCCGCGCUGAGACCAUCGUCCGCACGGUGACCCACACCACCACCAGUUCAUGGAAGGACAGCAGCGAGCUAGACAUGACGUUUGGCUACAACCCGCCACCUAUCGGCGGAAUGACCAGCAGCGUGGCUUACAAGUUCAACUACGAAACGUCUUCCACGACCCUGGACGAAACCAAGAACCAACAGAGUCAGACUUUCACCGUGAGCACAUCUAAGACUUUAAAGCCUUACAGUGCCGUCAAGUGGGACCUGAUACUAUCUAAGACAAGAAGCACCGCCACCUACACCGCCACCAUCAUCACCAAGUUCAGCACGGAGCUACAAGGUUUCCUUCGAUGGGGAGGCGGGGCAAGCGAGCCCGACACCAACUACCACUACAAGUACCGAGGCAGCGAAGACAGACCCACCUUCAACUACAGGUUCGGCAACUCUUCCAUGCCGUUCUACACUGCCCUGAAGCGUGAGUGUAACACCAACUCCCUACCCUGGCUGUGGAAUGAUAUGGCCACCGCCUACCCCGGGGCCAGAGAUCUGAUUGGCUACCUGAGUGAUGAGAAGAGAUACGUCUUCAUCCUGACUGGCAAGUUUGAAGACGUGGUCGGCACCCAGGUGCAAGUACGCUGGGACGAGAUACCCCUGCCACCCACGGGAACAGAACAGGAAGUUGCAAAAACUGGAACUUUUGUAGCAAGAGCUGGUCCCAAGGAUAAGCCAGCUACAUCAGUGCCAGCACCCAAGGUGGACAUUCGAAAAUCUCAGGUCAAGCUGGGGAGGUACAGGUCUAACUCCACCAUGGUCUAGAACAGCUGUCAUGGCAAUACUAGGUCUAAUUCAUCUUAUGUCUAGAACAGCUGUAAUGGCAAUGAAAUAUUCAGAAUGAAUAAAACCUAACCUGUACGUU